AUGGCAGACAGGCUGUUCGUCGUCUGCGGCGGCCUUGGUUUCAUUGGUUCGCAUGUUGCGCGCCGUCUUCUGGCUGAAGGCAAGCGUGUACGCAUCGUCGACAUCAAGUGCGCUGCAGGCUUGUUCGACGACAGUCCCAAUCAACCGGAGCUUGUCUCUGGAUCAAACGGAAACCUCUGUUCCCGCGCUGUCUGUGAGCGUGUCGUUCAAGGCGCAGAUACCGUCUUUCACCUUGCUGCCAACAUGGGAGGGAUGGGCGUCAUAAAUGACGACAACGAUAUGAUUAUCUUCGAAGAGAAUACUACUAUGACUCGCAAUCUGUUCAGUGCAUGUUGCGCGGCUGGCGUUAAGCGGUUCUUCUACGCUUCUUCGGCCUGCGUGUACCCCGACAAACUGCAGCACGGACGAGACGUAUCGCUCAAAGAGGAAGACGCGUAUCCCCCAUCACUCCCCAGCCCUCAGGGUCUCUAUGGUCUUGAGAAGUUACAUGGCGAGCAUCUCAUGCAACUAGCCGGAGCCGCGGCUGCUUCCGGUAUGGGCAUCCGCAUCGCCCGGUUCCACAAUGUCUACGGCCCCGGAGGUUCGUUCGACGACGGUCGCGAGAAGGCCCCCGCGGCCAUGCUGCGCAAGGCCCUCGCCAUACAUCUCGGUGCUUCAGCCCGCUUUGAGAUCUGGGGGGACGGAACUCAGCGUCGUAGUUUCAUCUACAUCGCGGAUUGCGUCGAUGCAAUAUUCCUGCUUCUGCCGUCCGAUCACUCCUCACCAAUCAACAUCGGCACUGACCAUUCGCUGUCUAUGAAGGAGCUUGCUACGAUCGCUCUCCGCUCUGCUGGCGUCGAGGACAGCGAUGUUGAAUUCCACUUCCAGGCCGGGAGGCCUAUAGGCGUAGCUUCGCGGAACUCGGACAAUACCCUCGCAAAGGCCGUUCUAGGCGGUUGGCAACCUACUGUCACGCUCGAGCAGGGCAUGCGGGAGACAGCGGAGUGGAUGCGCGCUGCCAUGAACAAGUCCAUUCGCGGAAUGAGCGACGACGCUCGAGAAGCCUAUCUUCAGGAUUGCCAGACGAGCCGCGUUGUGCGUCUACAUGCCAACUGCAUCACCUACGGCAUCCUUCUCCCCAUCACCUCUCGCGGCUCCGCAGACCCUAGAGCCUGCUUGACACAUCUGUGCGCAUUCGCGAAGGCUCUCGUACGCACCACUCAUCAGGAUGUCUACGGGCUGGGGGGUACACGCUUCAGAUAUCACGUCUACCUUGCCAUUGAUCACGAUGACGAUUUCCUGCUUGAACGCGAUGCAUUCGGCUUCAAUAGGGCCGAAGCAGUACUACGCUCUGAAGGAAUCCUUUGCGCGAGCACACUGGACCCCGCACCCGUGGUGCAACACGGCCACGUCUGCGAGCUUUGGCGCCUCCUUGCGCGGCACGCGAUGGCGGAGUGCGACUAUCUCGUUCUUAUGGGCGAUGAUGUAGAGGUGCAGGAUGAGGGCUGGAUGCGUCAAGCGCAUGCCGAGUUCCUCGCGUUGAGCCGCGAGCACGGUGUACCACUGGGGUUCGGAUGCGUGGCCUUCACCGACACGAGCUUUCCGGGGAUGCCGACCUUCCCCAUAGUCUCCUCCCUGCAUAUGCGCAUCUUCGACGGCAUUGUCGUGCCGCCCAUAUUCAUCAACCAAGAUGGCGACCCAUUCUUGUAUCAGCUCUACCGCCGCUGGGGUUGUUCUCGUAUGAUGACUUCGCGGCUGUGCAACAUCGUUGGCGGUGGAGGAGACGCGCGCUACGAGAAGCAGUCGGCCAAAGACUGGACCUUCGAGACGCUCACCAAUGCUACAGCACGCGUAGAAGCGUGGCUACUAUCCGUCGAAGCUCCUCGAGUACAGCGCAAGCUCACGAUCGAUGUCAUCGUACCGUCGUAUCGUGUUCAGAUCGACCUGCUGGCGCGCAUACUCGACCUGCACCCCUCCCCUUCGUGCACGGUCAUGUUCAUCAUCAUCGUGGACGAUCCUGCUUCCCCCUCCAUCGCAGAACUCGAGCGUCGCUAUGGUGCACGACCCGAUGUGCGCAUACGCGUGAACAAGCAGAACGAAGGUGCCUCCGCCUCCCGCAACCGUGGUCUGAGCGAAUCCUCCGCCGAGUGGGCUUUCUUCCUCGACGACGAUGUGAAGCCCGACGAGAACAUCCUUAUUGAGGCCGAGCGUGUCAUUCGCGCCCAUCCCAAUGCCGCCGGCUUCGUCGGCAACGUGCGCUUCCCGCGUGCAGAGACCGUCUUCACCGCCGCGGUGCAUCUUGCCGGCGUACUGUUCUUCUGGGACAUUGCCGCGAAGUGGGAGGAUUGGGGCAAGAAGACUGACGUCCCGUGGGGAGUUACAGCAUCUCUCAUUGCUCGCCGAGAUGUACAGGACGGCGUCCAAUACGACCUCUCAUUCCCGAAGACAGGCGGAGGCGAAGACAUCGACUAUUGUCGCCGGAAGCGCGCCGCGCUGAUGAACGAGGACAAGCUUGGAUUCAUGCCCGCUCCGCAAGUCCGCGCGACUCAUCCCUGGUGGUCCAACGGCGCGCGUUCGUACUGGAGGUUCUACGGGUGGAGCGUCGGGGACGGGCAGCUCAUUGCGAUGUAUCCCGAGCAUGCUUACCGCGACUUCACGCCAAACAGCGCCGAGUUGUUCGUGCUCGCUGCGUGCGCCAUUAUCUUUGGCGCGCUACCGCCCAUCACUGCGGAAGACUAUCCGCUUCUACGACUCGGCAUCUACCUUGCGCUCGCUACAUCCAUCGCCAACAUCGUGCAUGACCUGUAUCGUCAUCUGUGGCGUGACGUCGAGCGAUACACAGGCAUCAACACGAGCGUCAAGGGUUUGCGCUGGGCCGUCGCUGCCGCAGAGAGCUCCGUUCUCCGCAUGUUCAGCGAGGCCGGACGUACGGUGGGGAUCAUCCAGAGGGGCGAAUUCUUGCACCUCGGCAAGCGCUUCGAUUGGUUCACGGGGCGACUUGAUGAUGGGCCAAGGAGGGAAGAGCGGAAGAACGGUGUGCAGCGUUUCGCGCUCGUGGCGUUGGUCAUUUCUGUGCUGUAUUUUGCAUGUGGAUAUUCGAUCUAA